UACAAGACCAAAAGUAGCCAUGCUUUAUAUGAUUCUCCACCCACUAGCUUUUUUUUGUUGUUCUUUCUUUUCAUUGUGACAUUAUUCACUAGCUAGAUCUGUGCUUGAAUUCACAGCAACAUCAAAAGAUGGAAGCCCUCCUCUCGCAAUUUAUCUUCCUCUCUGAUCAAGCUUUACAGGACAAGAACUUUGAUCCAUCGACGAUCGAAGACCUAAUGAAGCUGUUUGAGAUUGAAUCUUACAAGGCAUGGGCAGCUAUGGAACUUGAACAAGAAAAAGAAGUGAAAGAAGCUGAGAAAACCAUGAAGGAAGCUGAGGAUUAUCUUGACUCUGUCAUGGAAAGUGCAAUGGAUGAGUUUAGGCGGUUUGAGGAGGAGAUGGAACGCAUGUCAAAGGCUGAACUGAACGGUCUGGAAGAGACAGCUGAGAAGGCUAGAAAAAUGGGAAACUUGAUGGAAAAGGCUACAACUAUUGCCUCCAAAAAGUACAUUGAGGCUGCAGUGAAUUCUGCUACUGCUUCCAUGAAAUCUGCUUGGAAAGGACUUUCCUCUAAAAAGGUUCAUCCUUCAUGAAAGCAAAAUUUUCUUUUGUAAUUUACAUAUAUAAUUGAAAAAGCCCUUCUGGGUUUUCUUUCGUGUGACGUUUCUUUUAUAAAGUAGCAAAGGUAAACCAUGUUCCUUGAAUAAGUAAAAUUGGUAAGAUCAAGCAGGCAAUUUUCCUUCAUCUUUUGUUUGUUUGUUUUUGACUUGAAUGACUUCGUGAGCUAGCCUAAUAUCACAGAUUCUUUCAAUGACUUAAGCAGAAAAAAGGGUUGGCCUGAUUCCUACACAAAAUCUUCAGUUUCCAUGGAGUGCGAUCUGAUUUCUCCAUUCCCAUGUGCAUAACACUAUACAUAGUUUCUUCAGUUGGCAGAUUAGAUCUGUUGAAUUGAGUUAAUUUCUGUGCUUAUGAAUGCUUAUUUGCAGUAGUUUUUGGUUUCUUUGCUUUUUCACAAACUGUGAACUGAGAAUCCAAGAGUUGAAUAUGAGCUGAGAUUUUACGGAUAAAUAAAAAAUUUCAGUAACAAAGGCUUGAAAUCAAAAUGAUCCUACUCUCGCCAUAUAAAGUCGAAAUAAAGUAAAGAUGAACUCAUCUAAUUGAUAAAUUAAGCCAUGGAUUCCACAAAAAAGGCAGAAACAGUAAUCCUCCAUCUCUAUUAUAACUUAAUGCUCAUUAAUAGCAAAUUCUGUUGAAGUCCAAUCCCGUCUGAUAAAGAGUUGAUUGAAAACAAAUUUGAGGAGAUCAAAUAAGUUGGGGAAACUUUCCGUUGAUCCAACUCUUUCAUGCUUAUUUUACAGCUUAGAUCACAGUUUCGGGACAGACGAACUAGUUAAACGUCAUCAGUCGAACGAAUUAUAGAUGUUGAAAUUUGAAUUUCAAACUUAUUGGAUCUCAUAAGAUGGCUGGAAAAAUCAACUCAGCUAAACAACUCAGUUUCAACUCUUUCUAUGGUUUAAUUUUGCUUAUUUAAGGGCACAAUUGAAAGAUACUAUAAACUAGUUUGCAGGGACUAUUAACAACUUGACAGACUUCUGAUUGGUAUCCAUUUUUCUUGAUAUUUGUUCGAGUUUCAUAAAUCUUACUUGCAUCAGACUUGAAGUCUUCAAAUAACUUCAGGAUUCUCUCUGAAGUUUAUGUUAUAUGCGCAUAAACUACAUAUUUUCUUUGCUUGAAGAGAAGAAUUGGAAAAGAUGCUUGAAGAGAACCGAAAGAAGGUGGAAGAAGCUGAGAGAAGGGAAGCAGCAGAACAGCAGCUGAGAGAGUUGGAACGUUAUAGGGAAUUACAGGAACUUCAAAGACAAAAGGAAGAAGCCAUGUAGAGGAAGAAGCAACAGGAGGAGCACUUGUAAUCUGAGGAUUCCAUAUUUGUCGGUGCAGUUUUGAAGUUGAAAUAUGCUCCCCUUGCUGGGUUCGAACUUUUAGGCUGUAGCAAGGUUGGGGAUUGGGUCGCAAUCAGCAAAUGUGACACUGCUAGCUUGACUUAAUGAGUCCAAGCCCAAACCCAUCGAAGCUUUGCUUCAAUGGCCUCACUAGCCCAUGCACACCCCACAGACAGACCAACUAUGCUUGCCUUGUGUAUGGCAUCUGUAAAUAAGCAAGACUUCCAUGGCCUAAUUGAGCUUAAUUUCCACAAAGCCAAGAUUGCAUUAUGUGGGAAGAAACUUUGAAGUCGAGUAUGAUCUCAAGUACAAAGACUUGUUUUAGAACAGGUCAAAGCACCCUUUUUACUGGGGAUGCCUUCUGACCUGAAAAGUGAACCAGAAUUCGAGAUUACUUGGGAAAGGGGCAGCAAGUGCAGGGCUUAGAUUCUAUAAGUAGAGUUUGAACAUUUUAAAGCUAUAUAUAGAUAUUGAGGAUUCGCAUGCUGAACAGUUGGAGUGAAUUGAAGUAUUAUUGUCUUCUUGUUACAUAAUAAAAGUAAUAAACAGCCAAACCUUUUA